AAAGAAAUAGCGAGAGAAAGAUUCUCGAAAUAGUAGACCAAAAGACAAUAGAGAAGAGAUCAGCAAUCCAUGAUAAGACUAAGGCAACCCUGAACCGACAAAAGUCGCAUACAGGCCAGCCACAGAAAGACUUUCAGACCAAUGUAAACGGCAAGAUGACCCCAAGGGUCACAGCCGCAAAUGGGCAACAACUUA